ACAACCGUUCUUGUUUUUCUUUUCUACCGCUCUUGCGUCCCGUCAAUUCCUCUGAAAUCCAAGGGAUCUUUUCGUAGGCGUUUGCACCCGAUGAUAUCAUAAUCAUAAAUUGUUCCAAAAAGUUGUUCUACUUAGAGGAGACCUCCAACAGAUUGUAUCAGAAUUGAAGCCAUGGACUUCCAUCUCCCAUUUCCAGCAACUGUAGCACUCAUCUUCUCCAUGGCGUUACUAGCUUCCCUACUCCAAACCUUCAACAGAAAGAGUAGGAAUAACAGAAACCCACCUGAAGCCAAGGGCGCAUGGCCUGUAAUCGGACACCUACACCUACUUCAUCGAUCUCACCUACCUCACAAGGUUUUAGGCGCCAUGGCUGACACAUAUGGCCCCAUCUUCACCAUCAAGCUUGGUGUUUGCCAAGCUUUAGUAGUAAGCGAUGCAGAUAUGGCUAGAGUCUGCUUCACCACAAACGAUUUGGAUUUCGCGAAUCGACCCACAACGGUGGUAACAGAGCUCUUGGGCUGUAACUCUGCCAAGUUCAGUUUCGCUCCAUAUGGGGAUUACUGGCGAAAACUCCGCAAAAUCGUCACGCUCGAGCUUCUCUCUCAACGACGAGUUGAGAUGCUUGGAUAUAUUCGAGUUUCAGAACUCAGAUCCGCCACGAACGAUAUCUACGAAGCUUGGGUGAUGAACAAUUCAGAUCUGGUGAAGGUGGAGAUGAAACAAUGGUUUGGGAACUUGAUACUGAACAUUGUAGUGAGAAGUAUAUCUGGAAAGAGAUUUUCACCCAACGAUGAUGAAGGUGUUCGAUUCCAAGCUGUGGCAAGGAAAUAUUUCAAGUUAUUGGGGGCAUUUAUUGUGUCUGAUUUCAUCCCUUUUUUGAAGGGUUUGGAUGUUGGUGGAUAUGAAAAAGCCAUGAAAGUGACAGCAACAGAGAUGGAUAACUUCUUUGAUCAAUGGUUGAAGGAGAAGAAAAGAGAGAAAGAGUCUGGUGGAGGCAAUCAAGUGUUCAUGGAUGUAUUAAUUUCCAUUCUUGAAGAUGCUUCAGAAGAGGAUUUCACUGGUUUUGAUCAUGACACAAUUAUCAAAGCUUCAUGUCUGGCACUUCUAACAGCAGGUUCGGAAACGACAACCGUGACUCUAACAUGGGCUUUAUCUCUGUUGCUCAACAAUCCAAAGUCGUUAAAAAUUGCCCAAGAUGAACUCGAUGAGCACGUUGGAAGAGAGAGACUCGUUGAGGAAUCGGACAUCAAGAACUUGUCGUACCUCCAAGCUAUCAUCAAAGAAACACUGCGUUUAUACCCACCUGGACCUCUCUCGGUCCCACAUCAUUCUAGAAACGACUGCAUUGUCGCUGGCUACAACAUCGCUAAAGGCACUCGAUUGUUUGUAAAUCUUUGGAAAUUGCAUCGUGAUCCUAAAGUUUGGUCGGAUCCCAACCUAUUUCAGCCAGAAAGAUUCUUAACAAGCAAAAAAGACAUUGAUGUGAAAGGCAACCAUUUUGAACUGCUUCCAUUUGGUAGUGGCAGAAGAAUGUGUCCUGGUGUUUCUUUUGCUCUCCAGUCGUUACAUUUCACUAUGGCUACUUUGUUACAACAGUUUAUGCUAAAAAACCCAUCCGAUGAACCGAUUGAUAUGAGCGAGAGCUUUGGAAUGACCAACUUGAAAGCAACGCCUCUUGAUGUCCUUCUCACCCCUCGUUUAUCACCUUGUAUGUAUCAUGUUGAUGCAUAAUAUAUCUCUUAGUUUCAAAUAAUCGACAAUUCAAAUAUCAUGUUUUAUGUAAUGAAUGUGUGCAUAUAAUGUAUACAUCUUGUUUAAUAAGAUGUCUUAACGUUUAUCUGUUGA